UAAGCACCCCAUGCGCCUGCCCCGUUUCUUACUUUUCUCUUGGUCUUUUCCCUUGUCUCUCACGACGGACGGACUCCGGUCUAAACCUUUUUAACCCGCCCCAAGUCCCAGGAACCAGGGACAUACUUUACUACAGAUCAUUCCCGUGGAUUUGUACAUAUCUCCCGAGCAUGAUGUCCCAAUGCGUCGUUUCCUUAACAGAAAGCAGAGGCUUUCCCUAAUCACCUUCGCCAUCUUCUACUUCAUCCUCUUUUUCAUCUGUCGCGCCAACUCCGCCCGCGACCCAGGCUCAUAUUUCUUCCAGCCACACGAAGGCUACCGUCCCACAUACAGCCUCACCCGGAUCCAAGAAUCCCUCCAUUACCUCUCGCGCUACAACCAAACAACCAUCACACCCACAGACCCCCAUAACCAGCCAACAACGCAGGAACAUGUAGACCUCUGCGUGGGCAUUGUGACCGUCAAACGGCCCCUCGCCCAAAACAUAGACUCCACCAUCGCCUCCCUCAUCGACAGCCUCAGCCAACACCAGCGCUCCCAAAUCUCCAUCCACCUCCUCUUCGCCCUCACCACGCCGACAGACCACCCAGACUACAACCACCCCUGGGUACACAACACAGUCAACCGCAUCCUAACCUACGAGACGCAAAACAUCUCCUACACCACAUCCUACCUCCGCACCCUAGAAGGAAAUAAAAAAUUUACCCCGGAGAAAUCCCUCAUCGAUUACGCCCUCUCCCUCCGCUCCUGCUACGACACCACCGACGCCCCCUACUUCCUCAUGCUGGAAGACGACGUCGUCGCCCAGCGCAACUGGUUUCCCACCACUACUCAAACCCUCCGCAGCAUCGAGGAGUGGGUCCAUCGCGGCAUCAUAAACCCCGACUGGCUCUACCUCCGUCUCUUCUACACUGAGAAGUUCCUCGGCUGGAACGCCGAGAACUGGAAGGUCUAUCUCCUCUGGAGUCUUGCGGCUGCCGUCGCCGUCGCCGCACUCUGUCUUACUCUGAGAAGGACCGUGCGCCCCGCCCAGGAGAUCCUCUCGAACACCUUUCUGGGGCUUGUUUGUUUCGGCGCUGUGCCGGCGGUCAUCUUAUUGUAUUUUGCCUCUGGGCGGGUGACAGUACAGCGACCCAUGCGGCCCGGGGUGCAUCUGAUGAAUCGGCAUGGGUGUUGUUCGCAGGCGCUGGUUUUUCCUCGGGAGAAAACCCCUGCUAUUCUAGAGUAUAUGAAGAAGAUGGAGGAUGCGACGAAGCCGAAGCCGGUGGAUUCUACGCUGGAACGGCUGGCGAAUGAACAUGGGUUUGAUCGGUUGGCGAUCUCGCCGCCGCAGAUGCAGCAUGUUGGGGCAGCCUCGUAUAAAGAGGACGAGAAGAAAUGGCGGAAGGGGGAGUACUCGGUUCGCGGCGCGCAUGGGGUUUGGAGUAUGGAGUUUGAGAAGGCGUAUUCUGAGUAUGAGGCGGUGCCGUAUGGUGGACAUAUGGUUGAUACUUAUUGGCCGCAGUAACGAUGCUGGAGAUGAGGAACGGGUUUGACGAUUGUGUUUGAGAUGGGAAGCUCCUCGAGCUUUUAUGUGGAUAUAUAUGCUUAUGAGAGGGCAUUAUGUCAAUGAGGUUUUAUGAUUGUACAUAGUUAUGAAUUACAUGCUUGCAUCCUUU